CCCAGCCUCUCACCUGGUUAUGAGGGUCGUGGGCAGGGGUGGGCAGGGGUGGACAGGGGCAGGUGGCAGUGCCCACAGGGGACCGGAUGUCUUCAGAGCACCCACACGUCCUCCCUCCCUGCCAGAGCCCACAAGCGGUUUUGUGAGCUGCUCCCCAGGGAGCAUGUGAGCGUGGAGGAGUCCCUGCAGGCCCGGGUGUCCCUGGAGCAGAUCCUCAGUCUUCCAGAACUCAAGGCCAAUCCCUUCAAGGAGAGAAUCUGCAAGGUCUUCUCCACCUCCCCCACCAGAGACAGCCUCAGCUUCGAGGACUUCCUGGACCUCCUGAGCGUGUUCAGUGACACAGCGACGCCAGACAUCAAGUCCCACUACGCCUUCCGCAUCUUCGACUUCGAUGAUGACGGGACCCUGGACCGGGAAGACCUGAGCCGGCUUGUGAACUGCCUCACCGGGGAGGGGGAGGACACGCGGCUCAGCGCAGUGGAGAUGAAGCAGCUCAUCGACAACAUCCUGGAAGAGUCAGACAUCGAUCGGGAUGGGACCAUCAAUCUCUCCGAGUUCCAGCACGUUAUCUCCCGUUCUCCGGACUUUGCCAGCUCCUUUAAAAUUGUCCUGUGACACCGCGGUCCCUGCCCCGUCCAGGACCGCGCCUGCUGCCCUGCCGGUACGCCUGUGAGGUGCAGGCUACCCUGGCCGGCCCUGCCCGGAGCUGCCACAGCGGUUAGCCCCUGACAGGUGGAGACCCCCCCCGUCCCCCCCCAGCCAUCGGUGUGCUUCUGCUAUGAAUAAUAAAGCAUGAGGAGUGUGA